CUCUAUUGCAUUUCUUCAAUUCAUCAAUUUUCUUUUUCGGCUGUUGAUUCCAAGCUUGAUCAUCAUCGCAUCUACAUUUCCCUUUCUUCUUCCAACCAAUUCCUCCCUCUUUUUCUCCGUUUUCUUUCUGGAUUCGCUCUCUCAUUUCCCAAACCUCCAUUAGAGAAUUUCAGGAAUCAACCGUCUUCUCACCCUCUCCCCUAUCCUUCAUUGUCUCUCCCUCUUUCUCCAUUUGUGCCGGCUUAGAUUUCAUGGAAUCUGAGGAUGAAUUUGAUAUGCAAGACGCGGCCGAAUCCGCGGAAGACGAUUUCUACAGCGGUGGAGACGAUGGAUUCGAUACCGACGACGCUGAUGAUUACGAGUUUAUCGACAAUGAUUCCGACGAUUCCGAUGACCUCGUCUCACAUCGCCACCAGCAAAAUUAUACGGUUUUGAGCGAAGCCGAUAUUCAUCGUCGUCAGGACGAUGAUGUGGCCAGAAUAUCUACGGUGCUCUCCAUUUCGAAGGUUUCUGGCAGCAUCCUCCUCCGUUACUAUAACUGGAGCGUCAGUAAAGUGCAUGAUGAGUGGUUUGCUGACGAAGGGAAAGUACGUAAGGCUGUUGGCUUAUUGGAGUUACCUGUUGUGCCAUUUCCCGAUGGUAGAGAAAUGACAUGUGGAAUUUGUUUCGAAACCUAUCCCUGUGACAGACUUCAUGCAGCUGCAUGUGGUCAUCCGUUUUGUAACACUUGCUGGGCAGGUUAUAUUAGCACUGCCAUUAACGAUGGUCCUGGGUGUUUGAUGUUGCGAUGUCCUGAUCCCUCUUGUGCCGCUGCUGUUGGUCAAGAUAUGAUCACUGCAUUGGCUUCUGGUGAAGAUAAGGAUAAAUACACCCGUUACUUUAUCAGAUCUUACAUUGAGGAUAACAGGAAGACCAAAUGGUGUCCUGCUCCAGGCUGUGAUUAUGCUGUGGAUUUUAUUGUUGGCAGUGGGAGCUAUGAUGUCACUUGCCGCUGCUCAUAUAGCUUUUGCUGGAAUUGUACAGAGGAAGCUCACAGGCCUGUUGAUUGUGGAACUGUAGCUAAGUGGAUUCUGAAGAACAGUGCUGAAUCUGAAAACAUGAACUGGAUAUUAGCUAAUUCCAAGCCAUGCCCAAAGUGCAAGCGGCCAAUUGAGAAGAAUCAAGGCUGUAUGCAUAUUACCUGCACCCCUCCCUGUAAAUUUGAAUUUUGCUGGCUUUGCCUUGGUGCGUGGUCGGAACAUGGGGAGAGGACUGGUGGUUUUUAUGCAUGUAACCGUUACGAGACAGCAAAACAGGAGGGAGUGUAUGACGAGUCUGAGAAGAGAAGAGAAAUGGCCAAAAACUCGCUUGAGAGGUAUACCCACUACUAUGAGCGAUGGGCAACAAAUCAAUCAUCAAGGCAAAAAGCAUUGGCAGACCUGCAACAGAUGCAAACUGUGCAUCUGGAGAAGCUGAGUGACAAUCAGUGCCAACCUGAAUCCCAGCUGAAGUUUAUUACCGAGGCAUGGUUACAGAUAGUUGAAUGUCGCCGGGUUUUGAAGUGGACUUACUCCUAUGGCUAUUAUAUACCUGAACACGAGCAUGCCAAGAGGCAGUUCUUUGAGUAUUUGCAAGGUGAGGCAGAGUCUGGUUUAGAGAGACUGCAUCAGUGCGCAGAGAAGGAGCUUCAAGUGUACCUGAAUGCUGAGGGCCCAUCAAAAGAUUUCAAUGAAUUUCGCACCAAGCUUGCUGGAUUGACAAGUGUCACUAGGAACUACUUUGAAAAUUUAGUCCGGGCUUUAGAGAAUGGUCUGUCCGAUGUGGAUGCUCAUGGAGGCACCAGCAGGACUGGAAGCUCGAAAAGCUUAUUAGGUGUUGGUGGUAGUAGCAGUAGGGGAAGAGGCGGGAAAGGCAAAGGGUCAACAUCCAGGUCAAGUGGCGGCCCUAGUAGAGCAAGUAUUGAUGAUUCAGGUCACUGGUCCUGUGAACAUUGCACAUUUGCGAAUAUCAAACCGGCCACCAUAUGUGCAAUGUGCCAACAGCGUCGAUAGUUCUGUCCACCUUGAUACCAAACUGCUAUCAAUCAGCAAACAUAACGAGGAUACUGCCCUAGCCGAGGUUUGCUGGUCCUUCCCCCCAGCAGAAAACUUAGGAUUGAAUGAUCGCUGCCAGGGAGAGGAGGUGAGAUUGGGUGUGGAGGUGAGUGAAGCCUACUAUCAUUCUGCUUCGCAAUGCUCUGCAGAUGGGGGGCAUAAUUAUGACACUUGAACUGAAAGCGGAAAAGCUGAGACUUCCCCUUUUUUCCUUUCUCUCGGGCAGUUUGUUGUAAAUAGGUUCAUAUGAUGUCAAUCUACGCGUGCUUCGAAUGCCAAAGCACUGUGUAUUCAUUCAACUGUAAUCUUCCUGUCACUUUGUGAGAUCUUGGGUAAAAUUAGUUGCGUCACAGUACUGUCUGUUGCCGGAGGGUUUCCAGGAAUCAAGCUUGUUGUGACCGUAGAAAGCUCAAUUACUAUGCCAUUCGACUUUUCAUUUUGCAGGGAUCCCGCCCUUUCGUCAGUCCCUUAUUUCCUAAUUUUGCGCCACAAUUCAUUUUGGACCUUUCUUUUCGUGUA